CGUCACCCUGGUUGCCCUGGGCGACGGGCGGCGGUUUGUUUUCAAAUCCCGGACUCUCCCACUUUGAGCUGUGGACGCUGGGUGCGGGGGCGCGCGACAGGUGGCGCAGUUUCCCCACAGGUUCCUGGACCGUUUUUCGGCUGACGCUCCCCCCUUUGGUGACUGAGUCGGGGCGCCGUGGUGCGGUCCGAUCUCCAGGCAGACGCGCAGGGUGGUUCGCGUAGCAGAAGCAGCUUCAGCAGCGGGGCGAGCGGUCGAGGGUUGAAGGAGAUAACAUCAUUAGGAUGCAAGACGUCCAGAAGAAUAAUCCACAGAGUGAGGAUCCCAGAGAAAUCCACAGUGGGACCUGCAAGACAGUGAUACCAAGCUGUGACCAGGGAAACUGCAGCACCUGCCCAGAUCAGCCUUCUUGUAGUUCUCCACAAAUUCUUUCUGUAGCAGAGCUGAUGGAUGCAUUUAAUGGAGUUUCCAAGAUGAGCAUUGCACAUGAAAUUGUGGUGAACCAGGAUUUCCACAUGGAACAGAUUGACUUCUCUCCAGAUAGCCUGGAAAGCAAGAUUAAGGAAACAAUGCAAAAUGCUUUCUGGGAUCAUCUACGAGAACAGCUGUCAGCUACUCCUCCAGAUUAUUCUUAUGUUUUGCAGCUUCUGAAAGAAAUCAAGGAGAUUUUAUUAUCACUGCUCCUACCUCGCCAGAACCGUCUAAAAAACCAGAUUGAAGAAGUGAUGGAUAUGGAGCUCCUCAAGCAGGAAGCUGACCAUGGAGCAUUGGAUGUCUCUCAUCUCUCCACCUACCUUCUGAGCAUGAUGACAAUGCUUUGUGCGCCAGUCCGAGAUGAAGAGAUUCAGAAACUCGAGAACAUAUCAGACCCUGUGCAGCUCCUGAGGGAGAUAUUCCAUGUUCUAGGCCUGAUGAAAAUGGACAUGGUGAACUUCACCAUCCAGAGCAUACGACCACAUCUGCAGGAGCACUCAAUCCAAUAUGAACGAGCCAAAUUUCAAGAGCUUCUCCAGAAAAUGCCCAACUUCCUUGAUCAUACCACAAAGUGGCUAACCCAAGCAGCUGCUGAAGUCAUGACACCCCCUUCAAACUAUGACCUUCCGGACCAAAUCAGUUCUUCACCUGCAGAUGGGACAAUGAAAGAGAGUUGUAUCAUAAGCCCUUCAAUCGUGCUAAACCAGGCUUACAUGAAUCUUCUUCAGUGGGAUCCUAACAAUGAGGAAUUCCCCGAGACUGUGAUGAUGGACAAGACCCGGCUGCAGGAGAUUCAAUGCCAGUUAAAUCGACUGACCGUUUUGGCCUCUGUUCUGCUAGUGGCCAACAGUUACUGUGGCACUAAGUUAAUGAAUUCACCUCAGUUUGUACAUAAACUGAAACAAAUAAUCAGAGUUCUGUUGGAGGAAAAUCAGUCAAAGCUCGAUGAGGCUUUGCUGACUAUAAGUGACCAAGUGCUUCAGGAAAUACAGCAGGCCUUUGUGGACCUGAACCUUCCUGCCCUAAGCAAAGAGAGCAUAACUUCCCUGUCAGGCCAGAUCCAUAGCGUGGCCAAGGAGGACAACUGCGUCCGCAGCAUCAUUGAUCAACGGAUCCGUUUGUUUCUCAAAUGCUGCCUGGUCCGAGGCCUACAGCCUUCUCUGAGGGACCUUCCUGGAGGCAUCACCCCUAUUGAAGAGGAGCUGGCAGAGAUAGGCCAGAAAUUUUCAGCCUUGAUCCAUCACAACCAACAAGUGUUUGGGCCCUAUUAUGCUAACAUCUUAAAAAAAAUUCUUUUAACUUCGCAAGAGGCGGAAGCAAGCGUUGAUUCUACCUGACAUUUUGAGUGGAAUUCUGUGGCGUGGGGCAUGGAAGAGAAGAGAGCUCUUGUCUCUUACCUGUGGUUGGUAUGACAGGCACAUCUCUUCCUCCCCCCUGCACCCGGGACACCAAGACUGCAGGAUCCAAGCAUGUGAACACCAAGCUGCCUAAGCCCUUUUACCAAUAAAUCUCUGAGCUGCAAGAAAGAA